AUCAUCUUCAUUACCGGGAGAGGGGCACCCCUCCUUCCUCUCCCCUCCCCUCUCCCCUGCCCCCUCCCCCCCAUUAACAGCUGGCCGCAGCUGGCAAAGGAAGCCCCGAUUACAGAGGAAGGGAAAGUGCUCACAAGUCUGGGCAGGGGCUGAGGCGCUUGCUGUCUCUCCCACUCAUGGUUUCAGGUGUCCAUAAAAUAUGAGGGGGUACCCCUUUCUGCUGCUGCUAUACCUAGGAUUGACCAAUUGCUUGGACACCUCGCCUGGUGAGGAGAAAGACCAAGAAGUCUUCCUGGACUCCCCAGAGGCCCAGAGCUUUCUAGGAAGCCGUAGCCGGAUUCCACGAGCCAAUCACUGGGACCUGGAACUGCUCACACCAGGGAACCUGGAACGGGAGUGUCGUGAGGAGCGGUGUUCCUGGGAGGAGGCGCGGGAGUAUUUCGAGGACAAUACUCUGACAGAGCGCUUUUGGGAGAGCUACAUCUACAAUGGCAAAGGAGGGCGUGGACGAGUGGACGUAGCAGGCCUGGCUGUGGGGCUGACAUCUGGCAUCCUGCUCAUUGUCCUGGCCAGCUUGGGAGCCUUUUGGUAUCUGCAUUGCCGACGAGGUGGAGGCCAGCAGCCCUGUCCCCAAGAGGCUGAGCUCAUUAACCCCCUGAGUCCCCUGGGUGAUCUAGCCCCGCCGACGCCCCUGCCUCCACCCCCACCUCCACCCCCAGGCCUCCCCACCUACGAGCAGGCACUGGCGGCCUCUGGGGUGCACGACGCACCUCCGCCCCCCUACAGCAGCCUCAGGAGGCCUCGCUGAGGAGCUGCUUCGGAGCCGAGGUUCCCCAGACUCACAGCGGAUUCCAGAGCCCCCAGGCCUCUUAAACUACAUAGCUGAGCUCGGGGAGUGGUGGGAGUAAGGGGGUCAUCCUUCCCGAGGCCUACCCUGGCACACGUGUUUCCGCCGAAUACGGACGCACGCAUAUCCCCGGCCAACGUGUUCCCUCGUCCCGGCUACUCGCGGGCCCCCCCACGCUUUGACUGUGGGGGUACCCGCCAGCCCCCAGGGUAGGCGUGCGUGGAAACUCGGACCGCAGCGCAUAGGUUGGGUAUACCCACUCGCGUGAGUGAGCAGGUGUGACAAGGCCAUCGCCCUUCAGUGCCACGGGCCACGCACACGCAGGGCCCUGCUUAUGCACACACAUGUUUUCGUACGCUCUCGGGCGCCCUGCAACCCAGGGAAAGGGUGGGGGGCACACUUGCAAGCGUGCUUUUCGUGGGCGAGCUCUCAUUGCACCGGGAGACUGGAGUUGAGCUCCUCUCGUAAAUGAAAAUCCUUUGUAAAAGAGACACAAAGUGAAACAACGCAAAAAAAUAAAAUAAAAUAAACUGAAUUGCAUUCCCGGGCGCAUCUGCGCGCGGCGGA